CGUGGACUGUGUCGGACUCUGAGAUCCAGGAACCGGCACGACGUUGUAUCGACUGUGCAACUACAGUGUCCCCAUGAAAAGAGCCAUUUUCCCUGAGCUCCGUAAUAACAUGCCAAUGGCUUUUGGUCUUCACAGAAAUGGCCGCCGCCGCCACUCUAGCACACAGAUGUUGUGCUCACUAUCUCUUGCCAAAACAAACAGCUGGACUUCUUAGCAAUCGCACAAUGAUGAUGCAGCAGCCUCAUAGCUCAGUUAUAGGUAAGGGAAUUUUUCCCAAAACAAACAUGGCGGAAUAAGCGCCUGCCCCCACUGCCCUAUACAGGAACUCUGCUGCCUGCAGGUUCCAGGAGGACUCUCAGUCAUUGAUUGUUAGCUGAGGAGCGAGAGAGCAGAUUUGCAAUGAUUGCUGCCAAAACAUUGGAUGCCAAGGGGGCACCAUCCGGAGAUGACUUGUUACCAGAUAUGCCCAAUGGACCACUCACUGAAUACCGCAGAAGGGCUUCAUUUAAUUGGAAGGAUAUGGUGAUGUUUUUGGAGGACGAAGAUAUUAUCGCUUUUAAGAAAAGAAUUUUCUCCACACUAGAAAAUGAUCCACUUUUCUACCGCCGCCCCGGGGAGGACCUGCCGUUGGAGAAGUACAGGGAGCUGACAUUUCUGCGCUGCAAGAAAAUAUUUGAAUACGACUUCCUGACUUUCGAUGCUACAAUGGAAAGGCCGUUGAAACUGCUGGUGCUUAUAAACUGCCUGGGCAUGUACGAUUGGUCCCUGGCUACUAAAUAUUUUCUAAAUACACAGGUCUUCACCAAUGCUGUCGGGAAUGCAGGCUCUGAGAGGCACGAAACGUUCCUAAGCCAGACAAAAAGCAUGGAGAUUUUCGGAUGCUUUGCGCUUACAGAACUCAGCCAUGGCAGCAAUACGAAGGCUAUUCGGACAACUGCAACCUUUGAUGCUUCUGCUAAGGAAUUUGUUAUAAACUCCCCAGACUUUGAGGCUGCAAAGUUUUGGGUGGGUAACAUGGGGAAGAAUGCCACCCAUUCUGUUGUGUAUGCCCAGCUGUAUACCUCGGACGGGCAGUGCCAUGGGUUACACUCCUUUAUCGUGCAGAUUCGUGACCCCAAAACACUACUCCCUAUGCCAGGAGUGAUGGUGGGUGACGUCGGCAAGAAGCUGGGCCAAAAUGGAUUAGACAAUGGAUUUGCAAUGUUUCACAAUGUCCGCAUCCCCCACGGGAACCUUUUAAACCGCAAUGGGGACAUUACAGCCAGCGGGAGUUACACCAGUGUAUACAAGGACCCAAAGCAGCGUCUUGGUGCAUCUCUCGGUACUCUGUCCAGUGGCAGGGUCUCCAUCAUUGGGAUGGUAGUGGUGAAUUUGAAGCUUGCUGUGUCCAUUGCUGUCCGUUUCUCUGCAACACGUCGUCAGUUUGGACCCACUGAAAAAGAAGAAUUGCCUGUACUUGAAUAUCAGUUGCAGCAAUGGCGACUGAUCCCUUAUUUGGCUGCUGCCUAUGCCCUUGACUACUUCUCUAAAAGCUUUUUCAUGAAUUUAAUUGAGCUGCAGAUUGGGAUCUUAAUGAGAGACAGGAGUGCAAGACAGGCUGAACUUGGCAAGGAAAUCCACGCUUUGUCCAGCGCCGGCAAACCACUGGCCUCAUGGACUGCACAGCACGCGGCUCAAGAAUGCCGGGAAGCAUGUGGAGGUCACGGCUUUCUUGCUAUGAACCGUUUGGGCGACAUCCGCAACGACAAUGAUCCAAACUGCACUUAUGAAGGCGACAACAACGUCCUGCUGCAACAAACCAGUAAUUAUUUGCUGAGUUUAGUCCAUUCCUUAAAUGAAGACCACUCCCCAUGCGAAUCUCCGCUUGGAUCUAUACAUUUCCUUAAUGAUUUUAAGAGCAUCUUAAGAAACAAGUUUAAAGCCCAAACCAUAAGAGAAUGCCUGGACUGUGCAGUUCCUCUGGCAGCGUACAAGUGGCUGGUCUGUUACCUUCUCAAUGACAGCUAUCACAAGCUCCAGCACGAGAGGCAGAAAACCAGUAAUGAUUUCCAUGCAAGGAACAAUAGCCAGGUGUAUUACUGCCGCUCCCUGUCCAUAGCGUUUAUUGAACAUACAGUACUGCAGAGAUACUAUGAUUAUACACAUGACCCGAGCACACCCGCCUCUCUGCAGCCCGUCCUGAAGAAAUUGUGCUCGUUGUAUGGUCUGUGGUCGCUGAGCAAGCAUAUAGCUGUUCUCUACCAAGGUGGAUACUUUGCUGGUGAAUUGCCGGGGAAGAUGGUGCAGGAUGCCAUCCUGCAGCUGUGUGCAGAGCUGAAAGAUGAUGCAGUCUCUCUGGUGGACGCCAUUGCACCUCCAGACUUCAUUUUGAAUUCUCCAAUUGCCAGAGCCGAUGGAGAGCUGUACAAGCACCUGUGGUCCACAGUUCUGCAAGGAGAGAAGGUGUUGGAGCGCCCAUCCUGGUGGGCUGAAUUCUGCACCAACAAGCCUGUGAUUGGCAAUCUGAAAUCCCAGCUGUGAGCGCACACGCCUGUGUGUCUACAUGUGCAGCGUCCUCUGAGUGUAUACAGAUAUGUGCCAUGGUAACACGGGGCAUUGGAGCUAACGAGUCACUGAUAAGUAGCUUAUAAGACCAGAUAAUCGGGUAGUGUCAUCUGCAGGUGUUACGGAGGACCUGCCUCGCUCCCCAGUGUUUUAGGGCGCUGUUAAGCAUCAGAUGAUUUCCAUUAAUGGCCAAUGAAUUAUUAGUAAUAGUAGAAAAUACGCCUUUUAAUUAAAUUGAAAUUGAAUGUACAUUUCUCUUAUAUGGAAUAGGGUGUGGAUCAUAGGGUCGACAGUAACUAAGUCGAUAGUCCUUAGGUCGACCACUAUUGGUUGACAGUGACUAGGUCGACACCUGAAAUAGAUCGACACAAUCAUUAGGUCGACAUGGAAUCGGUCAACGUGAGGUUUUUUUGGGGUGGUUGGUGUCAUUUUCUUAGUAAAGUGACUGGGAACCCCAAUUAGUGCACCGUGUCCCCUCACUUUCGGGCAAGGUGCCUCGCUCCGCUGCCGCCGCGCUCGGCACAGGUUACUAUUCCCAAUCGUAGUCCACGUGGAUCGUAAAAGUAUAAAAAAGUUUUUUUAAAAAUGAAGAAAACAAAAUGUGAAAAACUCAUGUCGACCUUUUCAAGUGUCGACCUUUGCCAGGUCGACCUAUUGACCAAGCCGACUUAAUGCAUGUCGACCAAUAGUGGUCGACCUAAUGAGUGUCAACCUAAAGACCGGAUCCCAUGGAAUAUUACUGUGUAAUAAAUACAAAUGUAUAUUGGGUAAUUGGUUCCAGUCUAUUCAUGUAACAUUGUUAUUUAGAAUGAGCCAUAUGCUGGCAUUCAGUUGUGUCCGCAGCCAAUCACAGAAGAGGUUUUUUGUUCAUCAGAAGUGCAGCUGCCUUCAUCAGUUAUCCAAGCCAAGUGUGUAGCCCAGACAGAUCGUCAGAGCCAAUGAAUACAGCAUACAUGACUACUGUGAAUGAAAGCUAAUAAGGGCUGUAUUAGUGUGUCCUGUACUAGGCAAAUACGGCAGAUGUGUGCACAUACACCUGUCCUCAAAUCGUGCCACAUAUCCCUGUUCUUUUCACAUAGUGAUUCAGUCAAUUGGGCAAUUUAGCCAGAUUGUCCCUGCAACUGUAUGUACUAUAUUUCUUAUUUCAUAAUUGAACUUAAUUUUAUAUAAAAAUUUCAUUUUCUGCAUUUAUUUAUUAUGUUUUGUUUGCCCUAGAUAACAGCACAGUUUUCCCCUCCUUAUUGGAUACAACUGUAAAGACAGAGCUGUACCAUGUUGUACGCAAGGGCAUGCACAAAUGAAUAAAUGCAACUGCAGGUGGGAAAUCCUUAGCAGUAACAGCAAACUCAACAAUAACAACCAUGUUGGCAAUGCGAUACCGACGGUGGGGAUCCCGGCGGACAGCAUACAGACGCCGGGAUCCUGACCGAAAAAAUGCCAACAGGGAGGCGAGCGCAACGUCGACACAGGUUCUGUUUCCUCUCUAUGGGCGUCGUGGACACCCAAGAAUGGGAAUAGCCCUAGGCCCCCUGUCGGCAUUCUGGUGGUUGGGAUCCUGGCGUCGGUAUGCUGACUGCUGGGAUCCCAAUUGUCUGUCUCGUAACUACAUCCCGAACAACCCACACCUGCACAUAAAGGGCAGUCAUACAGCUGUGUCCUGCUUUCCCGUCAAUGCAUGUUCUUUUCUUUGAAGCUCUCUGUCUGUUAUUAAUUAAUAGUGAUUAUCACAUGGAAAUACUGUAACUCUUAUUCUACUAAAAUCUAUUAACCCAUAUCCAUGCAAUAAUGGUGCCAAAUUGUAAUGUUAAUAAAUGUCAAGUGUUGUUAUGGCAAGCUUACCUAAUUAGCAAAUGAAACAUGGUUGAAAAUAUUCCAACAUUUUCAAUACUGUUACUAUGCACUAAAUGUUAUUAUUUGAGUCUUAUUAUUAACACAUGUUCCUGCUAACAUACUCUGCUACCUUUGCAUGUCACUAAAGUACUGUACAGUGGUAGUUCUAGCGUUUGCCAGUAGUUAUUGUGGUUGUGUUUUCUCCCAUGUAUUUGGGCUAUAUUUGCUUAUGAUACAUAUCAAUUGGACAGACUGUAUGUCUUCAUGCCUAGAUAAAACUGUUAUCGCCCAGUCUGGUUGGUAACCCUGGAACAGACAGUACUUUUUUUUUCGGUAUGUAAAUGAUAACAAACUGGGUUGUUUUUUGUGAUAAGUUGUCCUACUGUCUUCACUUUUGUUGUAUCCAAACUAAGAGGGUUUAUUCAGGUUUGUUAGCAAACCAAAAAAAACACACUAAUGGGCAAAACCAUGUGCACUGCAGGUGGGGCAGACAUGUUAGAUUUGGGUGGGUUAUAUUGUUUCUGUGCAGGGUAAAUACUGGCUGCUUUAUUUUUACACUGCAAUUUACAUUUCUGUUUGAACACACCCCACCCAAAUCUAAAAGUUAAAGGUCCGCACACACGGAGCGAUUUUAACUAGGAGCGAUUAUGUCUGAACUGGCAGUAGGUGAUUUUGACUAUCUGGACCAGCGAUUUUUGACUAACUGUGCAAGCGAUUUUGACUAACUCAUUUAAAUAGGUGGAUGCUUUUACUUUUCUAGCGACCUAGUCAAAAUUGACUUGCCUGCAGUCUAUUUUUCCCAGCAAUAGUGACCUGGCGGGGACGCGCAUCGCUAUCGCUCGCUUUGUACACACAGAACGAUAUGCACUAACUUUCUUAGUGAUUUUGACUAUAUAGUCAACAUCGCUCAGCCAUAUCGCUCCGUGUGUACACACCUUAACUCUCUCUCUGCACAUGUUUACAUCUGCCCCACCUGCAGUGCAGCAUGGUUUUGCCCAUUAGUGUGCUUUUUUGGUUUGCUAACAAACCUGAAUAAGGCUCUAGAGCAAUGGUUCUCAAACUCGGUCCUCAGGACCCCACACGGUUCACGUUUUCCAUGUCACCCGGCAGGUGCACUGUGUAUCACCAACUGUCACAUUUAAAAAAUCUACAGGUGACCUGCAAAACAUGGACCGUGUGGGGUCCUGAGGACCGAGUUUGAGAACCUGUGCUCUAGAGCAUUCAGCGACAUUGCAUUGUAUACACAGUGUUAGUGAAAGACACUGGACUAGUUCUGCCAGUAGUAUUAUCCCAUAGUGUGAUAGUGCCAUUUUAUUUAAAUCCAUGUAAGACGUGGGGUGCUGCUAUGUCAUUUCCAUAUUUAAGACCACUGAGUAAUGGAGACGGACAGGUGCUGUAACAUAUUUUCUUAGUCCUUCCUUUCCUUAUUUCAUGGAAAUAGCCUUUAACUAUAUUUAGUAAACAUAUGUUAAUUAUUAGAGCUAAUGAGGUUCCAGACGACAAAUGCGCUUUGAUUACGUUUUGUGCUGAAAUAAAUCCGUACCAUUUAUAAUGAAAAA